AUGAAAACUUGCAACUGUUUGUCAUUUCUAAUUUGGACUUGUAUGAUUCAUGAGAUCCCUACUUUACUAUCACCGAAAAGGACUAGCAUGUAUUUGCAAGCUGAAAGGAUAAUGGGGCUAUCUAAGGAUCAGGGAAAAGCCAUGCAUCGGACAAAGCGUGGAUGGAUGUGGAAUCAAUUUUUUUUAUUGGAGGAAUAUACUGGUCCAGAUACUCAGUAUGUGGGCAAGCUACACACUGACCAAGACAAAGGAGAUGGAAAUUUAAAAUACAUAUUAACAGGAGAUGGAGCUGGCAGUCUAUUCAUUAUAGAUGAAAACACAGGAGAUAUUCAUGCAGCAAAAAGGCUGGACAGAGAAGAAAAGUCCCUGUAUGUGCUACGUGCCAAGGCUAUAGAUCGAAAUACUGGAAGACAGGUGGAACCAGAAUCGGAAUUUAUCAUUAAAAUCCAUGAUAUCAAUGACAAUGAACCCAAAUUUACCAAGGAUAUUUAUAUAGCCAAUGUUCCUGAAAAGUCUGGAGUUGGCACUUCUGUCAUCCAAGUGACAGCCACAGAUGCUGACGACGCUAACUAUGGCAACAGUGCCAAAAUUGUAUAUAGCAUCCUCCAGGGUCAGCCAUAUUUCUCAGUGGAUCCAGAAACAGGUAUAAUCAAGACUGCUUUGCCAGAUAUGAGCAGAGAAAAUCGAGAGCAGUACCAAGUGGUCAUCCAAGCCAAGGAUAUGGGGGGCCAAAUGGGCGGAUUAUCAGGAACCACCAUGGUGAACAUCACCCUGACUGAUGUCAAUGACAAUCCACCUCGAUUUCCUCAGAGCACAUAUCAGUUCAGCUCUCUAGAGUCUGCACCACUUGGGACUUCGCUUGGCAGAAUAAAAGCCAAUGACCCCGAUGUGGGUGAAAAUGCUGCAAUUGAGUAUAGCAUUGCUGCUGGCGAUGGAUCUGAUAUGUUUGAUAUCAUCACUGACAAGGACACACAAGAAGGGAUUUUAACAGUCAAAAAGCAAUUAGAUUUUGAAAAGAAGAAUCUAUAUAACCUAAAAGUAGAAGCUACUAACACUCAUCCUGACCCACGAUUUUUCUACCUGGGACCAUUUAAGGAUUCAGCUUUGGUCAAAGUGUAUGUGGAAGAUGUAGAUGAACCACCUGUUUUUAAUAUACCAUCUAAUUUAAUAGAAGUAGAUGAAGAUGUCAGGGAAGGAAGUAUCAUUGGGCAAGUGAUAGCACAGGAUCCAGAUGCCACAAGGAACCUAAUCAAGUAA